AUGCUGAUUCUAUGUCGCAUAUUUAUGAUGAACGGUCUAAACCAAAUUUUAGGUUCUCUAUUGACAUUUUGCUUUUCAUUCAUUCCAAUCACCUCUCCAGUGGGGUCAUGGCAGGCGCUCUUCAUUACAUAUGGAGUUUUAAUCGUUAUAUGGGGUUGUUUUGUGGCAUGGUGGAUGCCAGAUUCUCCUAUGAGGGCUCACUGCUUUACCGAGGAAAACAAGCACCUCAUGAUUGAACGGGUACGCAAGAAUCGAACUGGUUUGCAAAAUUGUAAGUUUCGUAAAGACCAAGUCUUUGAGAUAAUAAAGGACCCGCAAGGCGAGUGGUUUUACGCCAUUAUUCUUAUUCAGAAUUUGCUGACAAUACCAUCUGGGGGACUUGGUGCUUUCAACAACAUCAUUGUCAAAUCGUUUGGAUUCACAACGUGGCAAACACAGCUCCUCCAAAUGGUGUCUGGUGCGGUCCAAUUGAUCUCCAUUCACAGUGCACGGUUCAAGCAAACCAUAUUGGUAACGAUAGCCUUUUUAGUCCCCACCAUUGCAGGAGUCAUUGUGCUCUUGACUGUCCCAUUCACACAUGACAAGAGGACCGGCCUCCUUCUUGCUUAUUAUAUCAUGAUAGCUUGUUGGGGCUGUGCGGGUCUUGCUCUAUCAAUAGUCACCAGGAACGUUGCCGGCCAGACAAAUAAAUUGUCGUUAUCGCUUACAUUUCGCUCUCGUGAUGCACCUCAUUAUUUCCCCGCCUUGGCUACUGUUUUGGGCUGCUUCGUGCUUCUAGAAAUUAUUCUCUUUUCGCUCCAGAUGUGGUACAUCAGUCAGAAUCGAAGUCGUGACAGAAAGGUGGACGAAGGAGAGAUUGCUGCCGAUGUUACUUUCACUUAUUCUUUUGAAGAUGUCACUGAUAGGGUGAGGCAUUCCAUUCCAUUCCUAGCUGAGUCCAUUAAUCUCGUCUGA